AUGUCAUCCACAAUGCCGAAAGCAGUAGCCGCAUUACUCCUCACAACAUUCAUGCUAUUACUAACCACACCGCCGGCUGCUUUCUGUCUCUCCACCGACUUCUACGCCCAAACCUGCCCCCGCGCCCUCACCGCCGUCCGCGCCGUCGUCCGCGGCGCCGUCACCAAAGACAGGAGAAUGGCAGCCUCCUUAAUCCGCCUCCAGUUCCACGACUGUUUCGUCCGCGGCUGCGACGCUUCGGUCCUCCUCGACAACACCACCACCACGGUCUCCGAAAAGGGCGCCGUCCCCAACCGCCGCUUCACCAAGACGUUCCGCGUCAUCGAGGACGCGAAGUCCACGUUGGAGCGGAUCUGCCCGGGCGUCGUCUCCUGCGCCGACAUCAUCGCCGUCGCGGCGCGUGACGCCUCCGCCUCCGUGGAGGGCCCCUCCUGGGACGUGGAGCUCGGGAGGCGGGACUCCGACGCCGCGUUUGCUUCCCUCGCGGCGUCCGACAUCCCGACUCCCAAGGACGACCUCAACACGCUGAUCGCACUGUUCCGCAAAAAGGGGCUGAAUUCGCGGGAGAUGGUGGCGCUGUCCGGGGCCCACACGCUGGGGACCGCGCAGUGCCUCGCUUUCCGGGACAGGGUGUACGGAAACGUGACUGUUGUGAAGGACGUGAUCGACCCGGAUUUUGCGAGGAAGAAGCGUCGGAUGUGUCCCGCCAGCGGCGGGGACCGGCUGGUGCAGCCGCUGGAUCCGGUGACGCCGACGUCGUUUGAUAAUAAUUAUUUCAAGGCGCUGAUGAUUAGGAAGGGGCUUUUGGUGACGGAUCAGGUGCUGUUUAGCGGCGGUGAGACGGAUGGGGUUGUGGAUGAGUACAGUAAGGAUGAGGGGAAGUUUAAAAAUGAGUUCGCGGCGGCGAUGGUGAAGAUGGGGAGUAUUGAGGUGAUGACUGGAUCGGACGGUCAGAUUAGGAGGACUUGCAGUAAGGCUAAUUAA